UACUCAAGGCGCAUUGCUAACAUACUCCACUGCGUACGUUAUGUUUAAACGGAUAUUUAAAAGCUAUGUCCAACAGGAGCCUGUCCGCGAUAAAAAAAAAAAUCUACCUGCAUGGAAAUACGUUGCCAAAUGACGAUUUUUACAACCACAAUGAACAUAGCGACAGAGGAGGAGGUACUGUUAUUAAUGCAUGUCUUCGGAAAAUGACAGAAAAGAACAGCAGCAACGCCAACGAAGAUGGAGGAUGGUGACAACCUGAUUUUCAGAAAUGAGAUCAGUUCCUUUGACAGUGCUGUAAUAACCAGAAGGCAACAGGUGGAGAUUGAGUUCUCCUGCAUCUAUCCCAAGAAGAGUAAUGUCAGCCUGGAAUUCCUGGUCCACAAAAUUCCAUAUAUUUUCAGAGAGAAGGGCUUUGGGAAGUUUACCUACCAGUUUGAGUUCUUCCAAAGCAGUCUUUUCAACAUAAUGGUGGAUCCAGCGACUUACCCAUUGGAGGUGGAUCUGCAGGAGAUUGUCUACAUGGAGAUUGUGUCGACAUCUUCUGUCCCAAACACUAAGAUGUUUGUGGAGUCUUGCAAGGCCACGCCCUCAGACAACCCCAACGACUCCACGUACUACAGCAUUAUACAAAAUGGAUGCACGAAGGAUGAAACUGUCCAGAUCUACCCCAGGUCUCAAUCACAGUUUCGCUUUGCAAUAGAAGCAUUCAAGUUCAUUGGGAUGCAUGACCAGGUAUACAUCAGCUGUGCAGUGAUCCUGUGUGAGGCGGGGAACCCCAACACUCGCUGCGAUCAAGGCUGCAUCAAUGAAAACUCUAUGACUACACCACCCCAUAAUCGCCUAGUCAGAGAGGCUGUUCUUGAGACUGCCACACACUACAUCUCUCAGGGUCCAUUGCGUAUGAGGAGGAGCACAGACAGCAAAGCUGUUAUGGCUUUGAACCUGAACUUGGUGUUCAUCGCUGGUUGUCUCUUGGCAGCAGUCGCCAUGGUCUCUGGAGUUGUCCUCUACAGAUCCAGCAAGUCAAAGAUCAAAUAUCAACCUCUCCCAACCAGCGAAUAAGGUGCCAGGGUGGAAUUAUCUUGAAGUAAUGAUUUCUACAUGGUUUCAUGCAAAACCCAGUAUUUGGUUUUGACACUCUUGGAGUUGGUGUUAAAAAUUAUAUAUAUUCUUGUAUACACUUGUAAACUCAUAACUCUUAUAGACAAUUUUAAAGUUAUUUUGUGAAAAAGUUAUUACAAAAAUGUAAUUGUAGCCUGUCCAUUUAUGGAUAAAAUAGGUAGAAGGUAAAAGGUACUCUACCAGCUCAAUCAGCACAAAAAGAUUUGUAUGAUUUGAUUUGACAACUAGAAAAUUAGGAAAUGUUAUCUUAUUAACCAAAUAAAUGAAGAACAAAUCAAAUAAUAACAUUAACAUCUAAUAACGUUCAGAAAUAACUUUGUUAAACCAAAGACUAUACUACAUAGUGGAGAACUUUGUUGGGGCUAAAUCUGCCUUCAAAAAAAUCUUUAUUGUCGAAUAAUUGAGGUUCUUUUCAUAUAUAUCAUCAAUGGGAUUAUAUUCUGUACUAACAGGUUUAAUGAGUAGAGAAAUCGAUUUACCACAUUUACAUGCACCAUCAUUAUACUGUUUCUUGUUAAGGGAUCUUACAGAACAAACAUAUUGGGCUCUGUUCCUGAAUAAUUAUAUCAAUGUUAUAGAAACCCCAUUUAUACUUAGAUCAGUCCUUUGUACUGAUCUAAGUAUCAGAUAUUAUUCCUGACCACCUACAGUAAGAAGGAUGGCCUUGUCAGGCGUUGUGUUAGAAUAUCUUUUAACCCUAGACAGCUCUAGACAUGGAAACAAUAUGUUAUAAUUAACCAAACAUUUUGUUGAAGUUUUCAAGCGAUAUUUUGACAUUUGUUAAUGCCCACAUGACUCGAUUCCUUCAAUUUAACAUUAUUUAAUGGUAUAUAUUCAGGUUUAGGGACAAACAUAAGAUUUCAAAUUCAUAUUUUCCCUAAGAAAAUGAAGGGUGCAUAUCCAGAAAUAUUUGGGAUAUUGGUAAUGGGCUUUUGAGUUAAUUAUAUUUGUUUAAUUUGAUGGUGUUAUGAUUUAUAUGACAUAUUUCAAUAAAAUAAGAACUUCCUUUUAUUCAAAACCAAGGAUAUUUGUAUAUGAAUGGUAUAUGGUAUAUGUAAAAAAAAAUCUUCAUUAAAUUGGUAAUUCAAA